AUGUCGCGCCCAUAUCAGUAUCGUACCAGUUCCAAGAUCCCAAGGAACCUCCAGUCAAUAGGCCAUGUGUUAUCAGUCAACGCACAGCACGGGGCGCACCAACUAAGAAUGUGGGCCGCUGGUCCUGGAAAGCGUAUGGCUUUAAGAACGGGCGAACGGGUUAUGCGACGGUUGCAGCGAAAUUUGACUUCGAGGCGGUUGUUAAGCUUUCCUCAUCUGCUGGUACUGUUCUGGCUCGUGAUACUGCUGUAUGGAGAGAGAUGGGUGUUUAAUAGCAAAGUCGCAAGUUGCGAUUGGGAUCAUUGGGAGAAAUGGCCCAAAGAUGCGAAACCUCACCACCUCGUCUUCGUCGCCGAUCCUCAAAUCAUCGAUCCUCAUUCCUACCCCGGCCGUCCCUGGCCUCUCAAUCCUCUGACAGUUCUCAUAACCGAUAAUUACCUGCGACGAGGCUACCGAGCGAUGCAGAGCCGUCUACACCCCGACAGUUUAUUCUUUCUGGGCGAUUUAUUCGACGGCGGUCGCGAGUGGAAGACGCGAGAGGGCAAAUUCGUCGAUCCGAAAUGGGGACGGGGUCGUUCCAAAGAUGAAAAGAAGCUGGUCGAGUUGUGGCACAAUACAUACGGCGAAGACUUUUGGUUGCACGAGUACGAGCGAUUCGGAGACAUCUUCUUUAAGCACUUCAACGACGGAGGCGAAGUACCUGGGUCCUGGCAACGUGGACGAAAACUGGUGGCCAGUCUGCCCGGAAACCACGACUUGGGCUUUGGUGCGCAGGUCCAGACUUCUGUUCGGGAUCGAUUCGAGGCCUUCUUUGGUGAUGUUAACCGCGUCGACGUUAUCGGAAACCACACCAUUGUGUCGGUUGAUUCAGUCUCUCUGAGCGCUGAUACCUCAGAGUACAAGAAUAAGCACGAUCUGAAGCCCAUCUUUGGUCCUGUGAAUGAGUUUCUGGACGGCGUCAAGACAUUGAAACGAAAAGCAGUCGAGGAGGAGCUGCGCCAUUACUACGAUCUCAAGGGAGGUCUACGAUAUCCUCAUAAUGUUGAGGAGUUAGAUAGGUCGAAGCCAACUUGGGGUAAGAGUGCUGAAGCAGACAAGGGCGAUGGUCCUGAGUUUCCCACGAUUCUUCUUACGCAUGUUCCGUUAUACCGAGCCCCUGGAACACCAUGCGGACCUCAACGAGAGCACUGGCCGCCGACGACACCCCCCAAGGGCCAGAAGGAACCCGUUUUUCCAGACAACCGAAACGCACUUAGUGUUGUCGGGGGAUAUCAAUACCAGAAUGUUCUCAACGAGCUUGACUCGAUCAAGUUGGUCAAGAGCAUAGGAAACAUCAAGCAUGUCUUUUCAGGCGACGAUCACGAUUACUGCGAGGUUGUGCACUCCGACGCCAAGGAGAACGUCCGCGAAAUCACCGUCAAGAGUAUGAGCAUGGCAAUGGGUGUGCCUACGCCUGGGUUUCUUAUGGUCAGCAUGUUUAACCCUGUUGAUUCCAAGGGUAAACCACUACCUGGAUCACCAGAGCAGACGAUCCAGACGCACAUGUGUCUUUUGCCUAACCAAAUCCACACGUAUAUGGAGUAUAUCGUUUUCGGCGUGGCAACUCUCGUCCUUCUAGUCGUCCGCGCAGCACUUGUUCCCGCACUCUCACUCACUCCUUUCGCCCUCGAACCCGAGAAACACUCAUCCUCAAGCGUUCUGCCCGUAUACAAGGACAAGAUGGACCCUCCCGAAGCUUCAACCUACCGCAACACGACAUCCUCCGGCACUUCAGCACACCACUUCCCCUCGCGCGCAGCACCGCGCCACGGGAGGAGCGCAUCCCCUGUACAGACAUCAGGCCGAUGGCAGGCUCGGCGCGGCGGACGAAACGACAAGCGCUGGGGCUGGGGGUCUGCAGGCGGGCCGCGCAUCCACCUCGACGACAAUCUUUAUACCACAGGCGUUCGGGAUAAACGUAUCGGUGGUAAGAAAGCUCUUGGGGUGAUUGGCCGAGAGCUUUGGACCACGGCGUGGCGUGUGGUUUGGACGGUGCUGUUGUUUUUUGCAUAUCUUGCAUGGAAGGGAUAGAUUACACUAUACCCACUGAAGGAAGCAUGUGUAGCGAUGUGCUAUUGUAUAUAGUAGUCUUACAGUAUACCUAUUACGUUGACAGGGGAGGGAUCUAUCUCUUGGGGAAAAGUCGUGCUUAAUAGCUGGAUUGUUGAUGCUCACACAGAGCAGGUUUUUAUAUGUAUCAAAAAGAAUAAAAGUAAUAAUUCCGACAAAGCAUAUCAACACAGUGACCAUGACCUCAAAGUCUGCAGUCUCCUAUUUCCCAUUUCCCAUUACUCAUCGUCCCAAUGCCCUCGCCCCAAUCCCCUUGCUCAUCGUCUCCUCGAAACACCCAUCCUGUCCUCCCUAGCCCUCCUCAAAUCAUCAUCCCUCUCCCUCUCCAGCAACGCCUGAUGCACGCCCUCCAUAUCCGCCUGGCUCUGCUGAGCAGCCGCCACAGCCGCUGCUCGUCGGGCCUGCUGCGCUGCGACAAGGGCCUCGCGGGCGCGUCGGUCUUCGUAGGACGCGACGUCUUCUGAGGUGAUGUGCAGUGUUGUUGCGGGACGUCUGAGCAUUUUUUGUUUUUCUUUGGUAUGUGAUUGAGAUGCUGGCUGCUUUGGGGGAGUGAAAG